CUCCAUCUCUUCCGGCUCUCCCUCUCUCUUUCUUGUCUUCUUCUUCCCCAAUCCGUUUGUAACCAACACAACACUUUCCUAAAAAAUUCUACAAUAUUUCCAACAGCUUCAUGCGACAAAGGAUCAGGUAAGCAUCUUCGAAAUCAAAAUAAAAGAUUUUGGAUACAGAUUUCAACUUGCUUGGUCUUCGAUCAGAUCAUCUCAGUCGGCAGCUUCAACAAGAGAAAAGGGCUAACGGCAACCUACUGUGUCAACGGAAAACAACCCACUGUCAACCCCAAUUAAAAUUUGCAACCCUCGUGCUCCAACAGUUCCUAAAGACAGCUAAUCUACCAUCUUCAUUUGAAUUGCUGCAGCCCUCUAGAUUCUGCAAUCGGCAUGGUAAAUGAUCAGUAAGUCCACAUGAGUUUUUAUUUUCUUCGGUCAAACUGAUCCCUUGCCAUAUGCAUUCUACUUUAUUUCUAUCUACCAUCCUUUAUUUCCAAUCUCUCAUUUCUUUUAACAUCAUCUCUGUAGGGGUAGACUUGAAAAGCAUUUGGUUCUUGUUUGCUGUUGUGUUUCCUAUAUAAGUCCAUCAUGUCGAAAUGUAGAUGCUCCACCACAAUCUUACUACGGAAGCAGAGCUCCUCCACAGUCAAGCAUAGUCACCGAACUCUUACUAUCAAGAGAUUAUCAAUCACGGCUCUGAGGACGCGCUCUUAUUGGCCAUACUUUUUACGCUCAUCCAACAGCUCCUCUUACAAGGUCCAAUCUGAGUGGAAAAAGUUCAAGAACAGCGAUUGUAGCAACUAUAACAUCCUCUGCACGAUUUUUGCUCAGGCAGUCGUAACAGGGAUGUUGCAUUUUGUCUCAACACAAGAACCCCCCCCUCCAAAGAAGAGGAGCAGCAUCUGGAGGAUGAAUUGAGGGCUCGAGGUCCUGUGUUUGGCACAUACACUGGAUUAGACUCGACUAUUGAUCUGGAUACCAUCGAUAUCACUCCCAAAAUGCAAGGAGGGGCGCCGCAGCGAAUGACUCCUCGACGACGACGUAGGUACACAGCCAGGCCAUCAAUCUCACUAGAUCUGGCUGAUGCUUUGAAAACAAUUGCCACUAGUUCUAAAGCGCAGGUAGAGUUGGAUGCAAAGAUAUUUGACCUAUGCAGUUCAAAGCACAGUAAAGGCGAGAGUUCAAAUACUGAGUCUGAUGCAGGUUAUAACAGUGUUGCAUAGUGUAAGUAGUUUUUGUAUAAUAACACCCCUCUCCUACCUUUGGACGUCCAGCUUGCCGCAGCAAAAGCUUUUUUGGAUCUUAAUAUGAUCAAUAUCUUCCAGGCCAUGACUCCAGAGCUGAAAUUGCACUGGGUGUGGUCACUAUGAUAACCACGCAUAUUGGACUUGCUUUGGAUUUACAGAAUUAUCUGACACUUUCUUUUACUUAUAUUUUAUCUAGAACUUUAUUAGUUAUAUGUUGAUUUCUAACAAUCA